AUUCUAUGCGGGGGUCACUGCAGAAAGAGGCAGCAUGCCCCAGUUUGGGCAUUCUGAAGUGUCUGUAUGUAGUAGAGCUGGUGGUGGGAAGGCGAUUCAUUUUGUUUCAAAGGCCCAGUGGCGCGCUCCCAGCACAGGCACCAGCGCAGCGCGGCUCCUUGCAAAUAAUGACUCCAUGGCAAUCAGCCUUCCAGGAGAAAUGUAGAGCUGUGCCAUCUGCUUGUCUCCUCCGUGGAUCAUUUGCAGCGGGAUUUUAAAUGACAUAGUAAAAGGAUAGCUGAUCAGCUUCCUUGGAUUUUGCUGAUGACCCCGGAGAGCUUUGCCUGAAGAUGGAAACACUGGAGUCGGAGCUGACCUGCCCUAUUUGUCUGGAGCUCUUUGAGGACCCUCUCCUGCUGCCCUGUGCACACAGCCUCUGCUUCAACUGUGCCCACCGCAUCCUGGUGUCACACUGUGCCACCAACGAGCCUGUGGAGUCCAUCAGCGCCUUCCAGUGCCCCACCUGCCGGCAUGUCAUCACUCUGAGCCAGCGAGGUCUAGACGGGCUCAAGCGCAACGUUACCCUGCAGAACAUCAUUGACAGGUUCCAGAAAGCAUCAGUAAGCGGACCCAAUUCCCCCAGCGAAACCCGAAGGGAGCGUGCCUUUGACACCAACACCAUGUCCUCUGCCGAGAAGGUUCUCUGCCAAUUCUGUGACCAGGAUCCUGCCCAGGACGCUGUGAAGACCUGUGUCACUUGUGAAGUGUCCUACUGUGAUGAGUGCCUCAAAGCCACUCACCCAAACAAGAAGCCCUUCACAGGCCAUCGUCUGAUUGAGCCAAUCCCGGAUUCGCACAUCCGGGGGCUGAUGUGCCUGGAGCACGAGGAUGAGAAGGUGAAUAUGUACUGUGUGACUGAUGACCAGUUAAUCUGUGCCUUGUGUAAACUGGUUGGGCGGCAUCGCGAUCAUCAGGUGGCAGCUUUGAGUGAGCGCUAUGACAAAUUGAAGCAAAACUUGGAAAGUAACCUCACCAAUCUUAUUAAGAGGAACACUGAGCUGGAGACCCUUUUGGCUAAACUCAUCCAAACCUGUCAACAUGUUGAAGUCAAUGCAUCACGUCAAGAAGCCAAAUUAACAGAAGAAUGUGAUCUUCUCAUUGAGAUCAUCCAACAAAGACGACAAAUUAUUGGAACCAAGAUCAAAGAAGGAAAGGUGAUGAGGCUCCGCAAACUGGCUCAGCAGAUUGCAAACUGUAAACAGUGCAUUGAACGGUCAGCCUCACUCAUCUCCCAAGCAGAACACUCUCUGAAAGAGAAUGACCACGCCCGUUUUCUACAGACAGCCAAGAAUAUCACCGAGAGAGUCUCCAUGGCAACUGCAUCUUCCCAGGUCUUAAUUCCUGAAAUUAACCUCAAUGACACAUUUGACACCUUUGCCUUAGAUUUUUCCCGAGAGAAGAAAUUGCUAGAAUGUCUGGAUUACCUUACAGCUCCCAACCCUCCCACAAUUAGAGAAGAGCUCUGCACAGCUUCAUAUGAUACCAUCACCGUCCACUGGACCUCAGAUGACGAGUUUAGUGUGGUCUCCUAUGAGCUUCAGUACACCAUAUUUACCGGACAAGCCAAUGUCGUUAGUCUGUGUAACUCAGCCGAUAGCUGGAUGAUCGUGCCCAACAUCAAGCAAAAUCACUACACGGUUCAUGGUCUGCAAAGUGGUACUAAGUACAUCUUCAUGGUCAAGGCCAUCAACCAAGCAGGUAGCCGCAGCAGUGAACCUGGGAAGUUGAAGACAAAUAGUCAGCCAUUUAAGCUGGAUCCCAAAUCUGCUCAUCGAAAACUAAAGGUGUCCCAUGAUAACCUGACAGUAGAACGUGAUGAGUCAUCAUCCAAAAAGAGUCAUACACCUGAACGCUUCACGAGCCAAGGGAGCUAUGGGGUGGCUGGAAACGUGUUCAUUGAUAGUGGCCGGCACUACUGGGAAGUGGUCAUAAGUGGAAGCACAUGGUACGCCAUUGGCCUUGCAUACAAAUCGGCCCCGAAGCACGAAUGGAUAGGGAAGAACUCUGCUUCCUGGGCCCUUUGCCGCUGCAACAAUAACUGGGUGGUGAGACACAACAGCAAGGAAAUCCCCAUUGAGCCAGCUCCCCAUCUCCGACGUGUAGGCAUCCUGCUGGACUAUGAUAAUGGCUCCGUGGCUUUUUAUGAUGCUUUGAACUCUAUCCACCUCUAUACCUUCGAUGUGGCGUUUGCACAGCCUGUGUGCCCCACCUUCACCGUGUGGAACAAGUGUUUGACGAUUAUAACUGGUCUUCCUAUCCCAGAUCAUUUGGACUGUACAGAGCAGCUGCCUUGAGCUUCUAUCCCCACUCCUACUGAGCUGCUUCCGGAGGAAUAACAAAGUUUGAGGCUGUUAUUGGGGGAAUUUAGGAACAAAGUCUCCCAUCAAAUGUCCAGAGAACAGCUCAGAUAGGGUUCAAAUGGGAGAUUUCUUUCCUUUUACUGUGUUUUGUAUUAAGUACAGGCUUUAAUAAUUUCUUUAAUUUUUUUUGUAUUUAGAGGAAAAUCUAUAGAUUAUUUAUAAAAGAAGCAUAAUCGGGAUUACAACUCUCACGAACUACUUGGUUUUGCACAUUAAGAGGCCCAUAAGUUUACCACCACUUUACAAUUUGUAUUUCAUCACAGCCCAUGGGCUUGCAAAAUAUCCUUUAGUAGAUUCAUAGGCUUAUUCACUUUCUAUUUCAUACUGAGUCCAUGUUAGGCCCUACCAGUUUGACAGUGCAUGACAGAAUAUUCAACUGUUUUUAAAAUACAAGUCAUUUUGACCCUGACUUCAUUUGAGGUAUUCUCAUUGGGAUGUCAGAAACUUGUAUUGCAUUGGGUAGAGUGAAGAGCAAGAGAGAAUGUUAAGAAUUGAAUUAGGCCUCAAUCUACUACCCUCUGAUGACUGGUCAGGCAGAAAGGUUCUGAAACCAUUGACCGUAUAUGUUAACCCUCUUCCCCAAAGCUAAAAAUUUGGGGGCUAAUAUUAUGAAUAAGAAAAUAGUUACUUUGAAUCCUAAAGAUUAUUCAAAAAUUUGUGCAGAUUUGUGUUUUACCUAAAGUAGGAUUCUAUUUUAUGCUAUAAGACUUUUUCAUCCUUCCUUUUACUAGUUAUUUUAAGCCUGUGAUAUUUCUUCACUGCAUUUAAUAGCUGUCAUAUUUCCCAUCUCCCAAAUUAUUUUUUUUCUCUUAUUUUUGGGGCUAAAGAAAUAAACUUAUUCUGUCACAAAUGGCAGUCCCACUUUCAAUUGAGUUUACUCUCUGGAACACGUAGCCUUGAUCACCAUUGCCAUAUCUAAAUAUGUCAACAAAACCACUUUAUAAGCAAUGACGAGGGACAUUACAUAAAGUACAGUCACCACUGUACAUGUUUCAAAAGUUCUUAAAAAUGUACUUUUAUUAAAAUAUCUUGAAGUCAGGCAUAGUAGCACACACCUUUAAUCCAAGCACUCAGGAGGCAGAGAUAGGAGGAUCACCAUGAGUUCAAGGCCACCCUGAGACUACAUAGUGUGCUCCAGGUUAGCCUGGGCUAGAGUGAGACCCUACCUCACAAAACAGAAUCAAAACAAAACAGAACAAAAAUAUCUUGAAACAUGUACAUGUCUCCCUGUAUUCUAGCAUAGCUUACCAUAGAGUUGGAAGACAAACAGAAAAUUUAAACUCAUGAUUCCCAUAUUACUAGUAGAACCUGCUAAUCAAAUUUCAGAUGAAAUUCUUUGCAUGUGGAUCUGUUAUAUUAUAAUAGUCUCUGAAUUAAGACUUUCUCAGGUUGUCUUUGAACAUUGAGACAUUGGCAUGGCUUCACCUUGCUAAAAGACAUGACCUAUAUAAAUGGUUUCAAUUGCUAAAAUAUUUUUCUGGGCUACUGAGUCACCAACCAUUGUUUGAACCAACGAAUGGAUUCAGGCAUUAUUUUUAGUAAGGCUUUAACCAAGUCAUUCAACUGUUCACUAGAAAUAACACAGUGGAGUAACUGUUGAAGCAUCACAUUUCCAGAAUUGAUGUGAUUGCCAAUCUGGACUCCGAGGAAAACCAAGCCAGCAUUUAGUAUCUUUCUGUCUCUUCCCUGGAAGAUGCUGUCCUUUUUAUUAUGGAUAGAUUCUAUAUAUUUACUAUAUUAUUUAUACCAAGAAGAAUAUUUUGGUAGUUACUUAAAACAAUUUCACACUUAAAACAUGGACACCUCAAUGGAAAAAGAAGUCAUCCUUCUCUUUCAAUUUAAUGGAAUUUUAGACAUUACAAAAAUAAUGCAUGUUUGCCUCCCUUGAAUAAAUCAGGGUUGUCUCAAUAAUUCUUACAUACAUUUUGGGUAACUGGAUAUUUUAAUGCACUUUGUACACUUACAGGUUCUAAAUAAAAGGGUAUAAACUCAGUUUCUUUUUUAAAAUCAUAGUCUACAGGUACCAAUAAAUGUUACAAUUUGCCUUAUGAUGUUAACAUAAAAGCAUUUACUACAGGGACACUUUUCCAUGAAUAUGUUUUUCAGUAUAAGGGUGUUAAUACUCAAAGUUUCACUGCAAGUGGUUAAGGUUAUGUUUUGGCUAUUUUUGUAAGAAUAAGACAGAUAAUUAUGUUAUAACUUUGUUGUGGAAAUCUCACUCUUGGCUAACUUAAAAGCAUUGUGGAUGUAGCAGUUACUAUUUCCAGGUUGUCAUAUUUACAAAAAAAAUAUGUAUAUGGUGAAAGGCCACAGUGUUCAAUUACUGUAAUGAUGUAGAAAAGGUUUCCAUGUGGAUUUCUCUUUUGAAAAUCUAAAAAUACAUGUUGCAAACAUUUGCUGCAGGAUAACUCUAUAUUUUCUUUUAAUUGACUUGGGUCACAGUAUUUUAUUUUCUGAGGUCUUCACGGAAGCAUUUCCAUCGAGGGGUAAAUGAGAUGGCAGUGCCAAUUCAAUUAGUAUAACAAAAUUGAUGUGAUGCCAACCAAGGCUGCAAGUGCUUGGCAUCAUGUAUGUGUGAAUGUCUCCAUUGCCAAAAACCUUGUGCUAAGAAAGGCCCUAAGCUCGGUGUUAUGCCCUCCUGUCUGUGUCAUGAAAUACUUAAUGACUUUUGAACAAGGGGCUUGCAUCUUCACUUUGUAGUGAUCCCUGCAAAUUAGGUAGCCAGUCCCUGGAAAAGCUCUUCAAAACAUGGUACCUCUCUUCUUAUGGAUAGAAAGAAAUCUGGAUCCAAAGUCUGAAUGGUGGAUUGAAAGGAGGGUAGGCCUGGGUGAAGAUUUUCUUUCCAUUUUUCCAAGAAAGUGACUUCAAAAAGUGAUCGCAUCUAUUGAUGACAGUUUCUGCUGGAGAAGACACAGCCUGAACACAGACAGGCUUUUCAUUAUGGUACUGAGAUACUGACUUUAAAACUCUCAAGGAACUGAACUCCCAAUUCAACGUGAAAUUCCAUCUCAGCUCCAGGCACACACAUUUGGUAUUGGGAAACUGAUAUUUGGUGUACUUUGAUAAAUCAUUAAAGGCAUAUAAAGACAAUGAUGGCAGCAGAAAUAUUUUGAAAAUAGUGCUUCUCAUCCAGGGCUUGAUUUUGCCACCCCAAGAGACAUUUGGCCAUGACUGGAUCAAUUUUGGUAGUCACAGUUUGGGGACAUGUUGCUACCAGCCUCUAGUGGGUUAAAGUCAAAGAUGGCUUUAAGCAUCUUGCAGUAUCCAAAACAGCUCCUCAUGACAAAGAAUUAUCUGACCCAAGAUGUCAAUUGUGUCAUACUUCAGGCACUCUUCAUUGUCCAUUUUGUUAAGUGCAAGAAGCACGAAGGUGCAAACCUUCAUUACAGUGGCUUCUUGAUGUUUAGAACCAUUUACACAACACAGAAAUCUGAAAUCUGUAAAGCAAUGAGAAUCACUGAUUAAGUAUUGGGAUCCAGAUGAGCUUAGUGUGGAAAUGAGAAAUUGGUUUUCUCUAUGCCUCCUUGUGUUAGGACAAAUUCAAUCCCUGGUACUUAAAUCAACUGCCAAGCCCUCAGCUCAGACUUCUCUUGAUUGCUGUUGCUUCCUUGUUCAAAAUAAAAUCUGUUUUUUUUGUGGCACCAAAA